ACAUUCAUGACAGGAGACAACUAUGAUAAUAUCAGAGAUGAAUAUCUUCCGUCUUUUCCACAAGAAAAUACCCACCCGUUCCAGGCCGGAGAUCGUACUGUGGUGAAACAACUGACGAGAAACAAGAAACAGCAGGAUUUCGCCUAUGGACCAGAAACUACGGUCGUAGCAGUAACCAGAACAGCAGUCCUCACUGAACAUAGCCCCACCUGGAUCCAUGCUUUCAUAGCGAAGCUGGUCGGAAAGGCCCAGGACCAGACCUAAGGGAAACAGGAAAGGAGGUACUAACGGGGGCAGAAAGCCCUGACCUUGAACAGGACAAUCAAAGAAAGGAGGUACUAACGGGGGCAGAAAGCCCUGACCUCGAACAGGACAAGGUGCUGUUUAUUAAAGGAGGUGAAGCAGGUGAUACAAAUCCUUGA